GAUCUCAAGAAUUGUUAUUGUUUUGUGUUUGAAUCGCACUCAGGUAUGUUUCAAAUGUCAAUAUUGUCACAUUUUUGUCAUGAAUUGUUGUUGUAAAUGGUUUAUUAGUUCUUUGUUAGUAUAUUACAUUAGUAAUGGUUGUUCGGAAAUAUCCGAAAAAAGCUAGGGUUUUUUUAGGGCUUUUACUAUUCAUAACUUGUCAGGUAUUUUUGGAGUUUUGUUUCAGGAAUCUGAUGGCUAAUAUUAUUAUUACAACUCGUUUUCACCACGGUGGCAAGUUUGUUUCUGAUAAAGAAUAUGCUCCAGGCUACAUAUGAGAAAGUGAGGUGGAAUAUGUAAGUAUGGACAAGGACCACUUUUCUAUAUUUGAGUUGCUUUAUUAUACUAAAGAAUUUGGGUAUAUGACUAUUGGUGGGUUCUACUUUAAAGACCCUAAAAAGGAAGUCUUUGUUGAAGUAGAAAAUGACUUGACUUUGGUAAGUCUUGUUGAAGACCUAGAAGAUGAGGACUUUUUAGACUUGUAUGUGAACCAUGUUGUGGAUGAGGUAGAAGUGCUAGAAGAUGGGGUCCCAUCUGGUUUUCUUUGUGGUACAGUAGGUGAUCAAAGUAGUAAUGUGGUUGGUGAAAAUAGAAAUGUAGGUGAGAACAUAUCAACAGUUCAUGAUAUUAAUGUUGAAGGGUUACAUGAGGAACCUACCCAAACUAACAACAUAGAUAUAGAAUCUGGUGCAGAUGAACUCUCAAAUCUAGAAGGGGCUGAAACAGAUCUUGAUAGUAGUGCUGAUUCUCAAGAGUUUAAUAUACCAGAAGAUGAUGAUUCUGAGGUUGAUGAAGAGUUAAGAACUCUAAGAAAUGAAAGGAGAAACUAUGUGAAACAAAAGAAAUUUGUCCAAAAUGAAGAAAUAAAACUUGGAUCAAUAGGUGUUAAUAGGGGAUUUGAAGAUAUUGGAAGGAAUAAAACUGCUAGAUACAGUGGAAAAUUAGGGGAAGAUGAUGAGUAUAUAGAUAGCUCAGAAGUUGAUAGUGAUGAAAGUGCUGAUGGACUGAAACCUGAAGCUGUCAGGGGUGUUGAUUUACCAACAAGAAGGAAAAGUAAAAAAGGUAAGAUUUGAUCCUGAUUGUGUUGUGGCUAUAUUUGAGCUUGGUAUGAUAUUUGAAAAUGCUAAGGAAUUUAGAAAGGUUGUGGCUGAGUAUGUUGUUGAAUACAAAGUUAGAUUGAAGCUUAAGCGUAAUGAGAAACAUAGAGUUAGAGUUAGAUGUGAGGACAAGAAAUGUAAAUGGUUGUUGUUUGCUAGUAUUGAUAAGCAUUCUGAUGACUUUGUUAUCAAGCACUACUAUCCUGUACAUGUAUGCACUACUACAAAAAAAAAACAAAUUGUGCACAUCUAAGUUUAGCGCAAGUAAGUUCAAGGCUGAAAUAACUUUACAACCUUAUAUAAAAUUGUGGGAAAUUUAGAAAUUGGUGAGAAAAAAAUUGGGUUUGUAUGUGGGAAAAAUUGUUUGUAGCAGGGCAAAGCAUAGAAUCAUUAAAGAAUUCUUGGGUGAUUGGAAGAUGGAAUUUUCAAGGUUGUGUGACUACUCAGACAUAAUAAAACAUAUUAAUCCUAGCAGUUCUUGUUGGGUGAGGAUAGAUAGAGAGUCUCAACUUGGAAAAAAUCUAUUUAUUUAUUUUUAUUUGUGCUUUGAUGCAUUAAAGAGAGGCUGGAUAGCAGGGUGCAGAAAAAUUAUUGGGUUAGAUGGUUGUUUUUUUGAAAGGUUCUUGCAAGGGUGAAUUGUUAGUUGCAAUUGGGAGAAAUGGAAAUAAUCAAAUGUAUCCAAUAGCCUAGGAAUUGGUUGAUCAAGAGACAAAACAUAGCUGGAUUUUCUUCCUUAACCACUUGAUUCAAGAUUUGAACUUAGGCACUGGACAUGGAAUGACUGUCAUGUCAGCUAUGCAAAAGGGUCUUGUACCUACUAUACUUGAGUUGCUACCAGAUUGUGAAAUGAGGUGGUGUGCAAGACACAUCUGGUCCAAUUGGCAUCAGAUUUGGAGAGGAGAAGAAAGAAGAAAACAAUUUUGGAGGUGCGCUAAAUCCAGUUUUAAAGUGAAGUUUUUGGAUGAGAUGGGAAAACUCAGUCAACUUGGUAAGAAUAUUUGUGAGGACUUAUUACAUUACGAAAAAUAAAUCAUGGUGCAGGGCAUAUUUUAGGGCGUAUUCUAAAUGUGACAUUGUUGAAAAUAAUAUGUGUGAGACUUUUAAUUCAUGGAUUUUAGCUUAUUAGACAUAAAUCUAUAAUCAGUAUGUUAGAGAAGAUUAGACACAAUAUAAUGGAUAGAAAUAUUGAAAUGAGGAAGUUUGUUGAUACCUGGAUUUCAGACAUCUCUCCUAUGGCUUUGCUAGUACUUGAAGAAAACAAAGAUAUGGCUAGAAAUUGCACAGUUAGGUUCUAUGGACAGAUUGGGUAUGAAAUUUUAGAUGGUCCUUAUAGGCAUAUAGUUGAUAUUAGGAAAAAGAUUUGCACUUGUAGAAGAUGGCAAUUGAGAGUCAUACCAUGUCAACAUAUUGUAUUGGCUUAUCAGCAUAAAUGUAUAGAGCCUAAAUUUCAUAUGGAAGAAUGGUAUAAGAAAGAUACAUUCUUGAAGGCUUAUGACUACUUUCUUCAGCCAAUACCUAAUAUGAAAAUGUGGCCUAACACAAGUGGUGUAGUGAUUGAUCCUCCUGAGCCUAGACUAAUGUCUGGCAGACCAGGAAAGAAUAGAAAAAAAGGGAAGAAUGAGCCUAAGAAGAAGUAUGGGAAGCUAUCCAGGAAAAGACUGAAAAUUUCUUGCUCCAAAUGUCAUCAAAUUGGUCAUAACAGGACUCUCUGUAAAGCUCAGGAUAGAAUGGGAAAACCUGGAAGCUCUAGCCAGGCAGCAAGUUCUAGCAGGCCACCAAGCUCUAGCAGGCCACCAAGCUUCAGCCAGCCACCAAGCUCUAGCAGGCCACCAAGCUUCAGCCAACCACCAAGCUCUAGCAUGCCACAAAGUUUCAGCCAGCAACCAAGCUUCAGCAGUUCUAUGUGUGUUGAUACCUCAGUAGUUAUAAGACUGCAGCCAGCUGGAAGAGGUAGAGGUGGAAGUAGAGGUACUAACAAAGGUAGGGGAGCUGGCAAAGGCAAAGGAUCUGGAAAAGUAAAGGAAAAGAAAGUGUAUCUGAUCAGCAACUUGGAGAAAAAAAGACCAUUGGAGCAUCAACAUCAUCAGUAGGACAAAAGAGGUCUCAGACAGUAGGAUUUGGUAUCUACACUGAUCAAAUGAGUGGCAG